AUGGUUGGCAAGGUUUUGUCGAAUAACGAAGGCCAGAUAAUGCAGCCUGUAAUAACAACUGGUCCACCUCCUUCUACAACAAGUACGAAACGCGGUGAAAGAGUUACCAACGGUUCAAACGCCAUUAAAUCUAAAAAAAAGGUGGCAAAGACUCCUAGGAAAAAGACUAAUGUCGCAUGUAUAAAUUGCUCUAAAUGGCACGUUUCAUGUGAAGCUCAGAGACCAUGUUCAAGAUGUAUCAAGAAGGGACUCAAAGACACAUGUAUUGAUGCACCAAGGAAGAAAAGUAAAUAUCUGGCUGGGAUCCCUAAUAAAGAUCUACCAAUACCUAUACGAGCUACUGAAUCAUCAUCCAUGAAUCAAGAACUACGAUUGCAACAGCAACAACAACAACAGCAACUGUCCAUGCAACGGUCGCAACAAUCAGAACAACAGCAUUUCUCAAACCCACAACAUAUAAUUCAUAGAUCGAAAUUUAUGUCUCAUGCUGCAGAUUCAGAAUAUUCCAUCUUAUCAAAUAUAACGAAUCAAGAUGGUGGUCUUAUAAACAAAAUUCCAAUCGAUGCCUUGUACUCUAAUAUAGAUAAUAAUUCCAACCCAAAUACAAAUACAAACACUACAGUUAAUAGUCCCUCACCAACAACUACAUUUGAUCAGGCAAAAAAUCUUACUCAAAUGUUUUCUAACCAAUCUCAGUCACAACCACCAUCACAAUAUCAUACUCCAUCACAAUCAUUCAAUGCACAAUCUCCACCACUCCGUUACCCUUCUUCGAAUUUGAACGUUUAUUCAAUUCUCUUAGGCCCCAAUUCGAAAGAGAUUAUCUCAUCAGGAAUAAACCUAUUCAAUAAUCAUUUCCCAUUAAUUCCAGUGCCGAAAUCAAAAAUAAAUUAUAUUCAAGAAAGUAAUAGGAUUAUCACUACAAAUACAAACACGGUCACCGCAGAUGACUCAAAUAGAAUUGACACUAAUAACAUGCGUGAAAGUAGUGAUAAUAUUAUAACUUUAAAUUUUAAAAGAUUAGUACCAUUGGAUCCAUCAAAGAGAGGUUCAAGAGAAAUACAAUACAACAAACAAAUAAACCAAUAUUAUUUAAAUAAAUCGACCACAAUGUUUCCAGAAGUGACUGGUAAAUUUAAAACAAAACGGAAUGUUCACUCAUCAUCACAUCCGCCAUCAUGGUCCACAAUAUCAUUUGCUUUAGAAUGUGAAUCACCUGAUAACAUUCAGCCUAAAAACAAUGUUGAUUGGGAACAUUCUCUUCGAUAUUCUACACCAAUGGAAAUAUACAAACUAAUCAAUGAACCCUUUUCACAUACGAUGGGGUUCCAUCAUUUAUUAUUAUAUUUAAAAUCAAGAUUCAAUCAAAAUGAUUUGGUACAAAUGUGUAUCUCCAUGGCAGAAUUCCGUCCCAUUUUCAUUGCAUGUUCUGUCACUUUAACUGAAGAAGAUAUGAUAUUUAUGGAACAAUGUUAUCAAAGAACUUUAUUAGAAUAUUCAAAAUUCAUUGAACAAAUUGGGACCCCCACAUGUAUAUGGAGACGAACGGGACAAAUUUCAUAUGUUAAUGAAGAAUUUGAAAUCUUGACUGGUUGGACUAAAGAUGAAUUAUUAAAUAAGAUGACAUUUCUUGUAGAGAUAUUAGAUGAUGGUAGUGUUAGAGAUUAUUUUAAAACUUUCUCAAAUGUUGCAUAUAAGGAUUUCAAAGGGAGUGAAAUUAUGAAUCAUUGUGGUAUAUUGACCCCCAUUGAAGGUGUUGUAAUUGAAUGUUGUUGCAUAUGGACUUUGAAAAGAGAUAUUUCAGGGUUACCACUUAUGAUAUUGGGAAAUUUCAUGCCUAAACUGGGAUAA